CCAGAGAACGCUAAGAGAGAGCAAAGUUUUAUCAGUAGAAGCAGUAGUAAGUUCUCUCUCUGUCUCUGCAAUGGCGCCUAAGAGACGCAGAACUAAUGAAGGUGAUGUGAAGCAAAGUACGACGUCGUCCAGGGUGACUCGUAGCUCGACUAGCCAAGCGAACGAGAUCAAGAAGGAGAAUUCCGUCCCACCGACCAAGGUGAAGCAGCAGAAGAAGGCGAAAACCAGUUCCAACAACAAAGAGGAGGGCACGGAAACCGAUAAUGUGAAAGCACCACCGGCUAAGGUUGUGGAUGGUACCAAGACCAUUGUGAUUGAGCAUUGGUAG